GUGGGGGUGAAGUUUUGUUAUUACGAUGGGUGUGGUCAAACCCAAAUGUUUAAUUAUAUAAUAUUUUUUUUUAUAUUAUAUAAUGUCAAGUGUUAGUGACCUAUCAUCAUUUACAAUUUCUAUUAAACUGGCCUGGUGAAAAACCCACGUCACCGAUUUAUUGAAAGGAUCAGAAUUUUAAUGAACGAAUAAAUAGUUAAAUGCAAAAAGCUUCCAACUAGUGAAUACAUUAAAUGAAAAAAUUCACCAUGUCCGUGUGGAACUCUGACAGUCAUCUGAAAUCCCAGAAAGGAGUGGAAAAUGUAAUACGAGUACCAGUAAAGGAAUAGUGGAGCAGAGUAAAAGAAGAAGCAAUUUACAGUGGAUUUCUUGGGUCUUUGACCAGUCAGCCAAUACGCGGGCUCCAAUUACUUGAGCAAAGAGUAAAGAUUUCGGGGAGGAAGUCGAAAUACACGGAUAUUCACAUACAAACAUCACUGCCCUCACAAUUCAGUUUGAAACAGUUCGUUUGGGAUGUUACGUGCCGUAGCCUUGAUGCUGCUACUAUCUACUAUUUCAAAAUUAUCCAUUGGGAAUCCACCAAUUUUAUUAUUUCCAAAGAGUACGGUUUUCCAAUUUUCAAUCGGCAUCUCGGUCCCCCUGAUUACCAAUAACAAGGGAACCAUUGCAACGUCAUUUGCAUUUCAAUUCAACUAUGCAUUGCCGUGGAAUUUGACACAACUUCAUGAGCCAGGGAUUAUACCUUCCCGCGAGAAUCACGAUUUCAAUCUUCAUACGGCAUAUGCUGCUAUUGAACAAUUACUCGAUACGUAUGGCUGGAGAAAUGGCAGGGAGUGUCUCCUGAGGAGCAUCUGUGAACUAGCUGAAGCACCUCUGGUUGAAACCGAUCGAGACAUUCUUCAGGAAGUAAUUCACUUGUUUCUGACGCCAACUGGGGAUUUCCCACCAAGAGUUAACUCAAGUUAUCAGGGCGUAAACAAAUUGUAUCACGAAGCAGAAUUAUUGGGUAGAUCUGGUGGUGACUGUACUCGGACAUACUCCAAUUGCCUCGAGUCACCGCUCAAGUCAUUUACCAAGAUUACUCUGACUCCUGGUUAACUGUUCUCAAAAUUCACUAUUACGGGAGAUUCACUCGAUGAACUGCCCUCCUCUGAGCUUUCUCCACACCGCCGGCAAAUAAGAUGAUACUUAUUAUUUUCUCACUUAUUGGCUUAUAUAGUGCUGGAGGACAAUGCGAAACAAUUGGGCCUGAGCAAGUUUUGUAUUCGCCACCUCUGGUAUAUCCGUUCGGUGGUACUAUUAAGGUGAGAACACCAAAUUACUAAAUUUCUUUUAAUUUCGAGCAUCUAUCGUCGUAAAAAUGUUGAGCACUCAAGAGAUACUGGAAGCUCUCUCGAUCCGCUCAAUUCAUUGGGUGUCAUUGCGCGAGAACACUUUUUCCAACUUUAUAUUAAUAAAUUCGGCGGGAGGAUGUGAGACAAUAUUUAUUUACGAGUCACAGAAAUUUUAUUUCCACAUGAGUCACGUUUUAUUCGUGAUAGUCACCGUUAUCGCACUGUUUUAAGAAAACCGGUAACGAUCCCUCACUCUUUUGUUACCUAACUCACACCUCAUUGGGUUUAAUCGAUAAUUAACUUCUGUCUAGUCCAGAAAUGUUGGUAGCCAGUGACUAAUGGAAUCGAACUA